UUCAAAAUUUUCAACAUGGCUGUGCAUAGUUGGCAUUUCCUAUGAAAUACAUACACUGAUAAACCUCCCGUAUAUUUCAUUCAGCCGCAUUAAAAUCACUGUUUCUAAUCGUAAAUGAAAGUUCAUUUCGCUUUAUCAUUGAGUAUUGAUUUGUGUUGUGCUUGUUAUCGGAUGUAAACACCUCGCCGAGGGUGGAGAAUGAUUUCCAACUUAUCACUCCCUUCAAGUGACAGACUCUCCGAAAUUUGACAGUUCUAAUCACACCUCUAAAAAUUCAGAGGGAGAAAAAUGCCAAGCAGAUGACUAUGACUGAAUCAAGUGUAAGCCAGGCAGGCCUGCCUUCUGUCCAUGGGCAGAAUGGCCCUCGCCGUUACAGUAAUCAUCAGCGUAACUUGAGCCUUGACUUCAGGUCAAUGGGAAUAUUACUCCCACCUGUUCCGCAACUGACUUUGCACCAUCGCAACAGGAGCCUAGACUCAGCUUUACAACGGAUUCCUGAAGUAGAUGUGACCCCCAGCCCAGAAUGUGAACCGUCUUCCUCACAGCUACUAUCAGAAACUCCAGAUAAAUCCAAAAACAAAGAGGAUCUAACCAGUUUAGGCUCUGAUGACUCUGGCAUCAUCAGCGGCUCGGAAGUCGCCAGCGAAAGCAGAGAAAGUUUGGAUCAAGAAUCUUCAACUCUCUCAGUUAACAGUGGGAAAGGGUUUCUCUUGCGCUUAUUUGAAUCUCGCUUGUUUGAUAUGUCCAUGGCAAUUUCUUAUUUAUUCAAUUCCAAGGAGCCUGGUGUUCAGAGUUUCAUUGGCAAUAAGUUUUUCAGUUUUCCAGAUAAAGACGUCGAGUUUUACUUGCCCCAGCUAGUGCAUAUGUACAUUCAGAUGCCAGAUGUUGCCGAAGCAAUCCAUCCAUAUUUAAUUUUCAGAUGUCGACAAUCACCAGAUUUUGCAUUGAAAUGCUCCUGGCUUUUAGAAGCGUACAAUCUAGACUCAACACUGCCCUCUAAGAAAAAAAAUCCUGGAACAAAGCUCAAAAGUCUUAUUCUCAGUGAUUCUUUGAGGCCAAGUGAUCCUGGAUCAACAAAAAAAAAUGGACUCAAUGGACUCAGUGUGUUAAAUGGCUUAAAAGAGGGUGUGAAGUCACCAUUGAUGAACCAAAGAAAAACCCAUCAUCGUUCGUGGUCUGAUGCGUCAGCUGCACAAAAGCGAGAAAAAAUCCAAUGUUUUGGUGACCUUAAAUCAGGACGUGCAUUUGACAACAGCUGCACUUGCAUUAGCAACCAUCAAGAAAAUGAAGUGUGUGAUACGUCCAUUGAAUGCUCUUGUGGAGCUAACCGACUAUCUCCAGUACUAGAAUUCAUGAAGGCUCUAAUCAAUAUCGGCAAGACAUUAAGCUCAAUCCCAACAAAGGAGGACAAAAGUGAACAACUUACAAAAGAAAUAAAUAAGUUAAAUUUCAAUUUACCUGCCAGAGUUUGGUUACCAUUGUUGUGUGAUACACGGCAUUGUAUUGUUAGGAUACCCCCGCAAGCUGCUGCGGUACUCAAUUCGAAAGAUAAGGCUCCUUACAUCUUAUACGUGGAGGUUGUAGAUAUGUCUGAAGCAGAAUCUGGUCCACUGGUUAGUCGUCAUAGGUUCUGGCGAAGUGAGGAACUCCUGCCAACGUCAGUUUCAACUGAUGAAGAUGAAGAUGUCAUUGAAUUCUCCCGACAGUGCCUUGGAUUAAAUAGAAAAUCACCAGAAAAAGACUCUAUCUCCCAGAGGUCGUCUGAAAGCUCUGAUUCACGAGAGCCAGUAUUUGUAGCAGCAGGAGAUAUCCGCCAUCGACUUUCAGAAUCACUCCAGGAUCAGCCAGCAUUUACUCACUGCUCCGAUGACCCAUCAGCGCACGCCCUCAAGGAGCCAUGGAGUGAAAAAGUUCAAAAAGUCAAAGAAACAUCACCAUACGGUCACCUAUCAUCGUGGCAACUUCUCUCGGCAAUAGUGAAGUGCGGAGAUGACCUUCGCAUGGAAUUAUUAGCGUAUCAGAUCCUGUCAGCACUUCAGCGAAUCUGGGAAAUAGAGCAUGUUCCACUCUGGUUGAAACCGUACAGAAUAUUAUGCGUGUCAAAUGACUCAGGGCUUAUAGAACCAAUUUUGAACACGGUAUCAUUGCAUCAGAUCAAGAAACAUAGCCAGCUAUCACUUCAAGAUUACUUUGAACAAGAAUUCGGUGCUAAGAACUCGGAGAAAUUCCUAACUGCUCAGCGUAAUUUUGUUGAAAGUUGCGCAGCAUAUUCUUUAGUUUGCUAUUUAAUGCAAGUCAAAGACAGGCAUAACGGAAACAUUCUAUUGACUGGUGAAGGCCACAUUGUACAUAUUGAUUUUGGAUUCAUUCUGUCCACAUCACCUCGCAAUCUUGGAUUUGAGAUGUCACCGUUCAAGUUAAUACCAGAGUUUGUCGCUGUAAUGGGAGGCGAAGGAUCUGAUAUGUUCGAGUACUUUAAAAUACUCAUGUUGAGAGGUCUUGUCGCAGCAAGAAAACACAUGGAUCGCAUCGUUAAUAUUGUCGAAAUCAUGAGCUCAGGAUCCCAACUUCCAUGUUUCAAAUCUGGUAGCUCAACAGUUCAAGCUCUCCGAAAUCGGUUUCACCUAAACCUCACCGAGGACCAAUUGUGUUUAUUAAUUGAUAAAUUAGUCGAGAGCAGCCUUCACUCACUUUCAACUCGCCUUUACGAUGGUUUCCAGUAUUUCACGAAUGGUAUUCUGUAAGGUGUUGAAUUUCGACGGAGUUGAACUAAACUCAGUUGUUUUCUAAAGGUGGUAAGCAUACAAUCCUUGUACAUAAUUCUGCUGUAUCCGCUGGUUUUCAAUAUUAUUUCACGGCUACCUGUAUCAUAUUUCCGACAACACAAGUCCCUUUGAGAUUAUAUUAAGAUUUUUAGUGCCAUUUAUGUCCCAGACUUUCUCUAAAUAUUUGGCAUUCCCUCCAGAAAAUGAACAUCUAAUAAAUUAGCUGAGAACUUGGCGGUUUCAAAUCUAUAUUUGGUAAAUGUAAUGUAACGGUCACAGCGAACAAAACUCCACUCUGGCGCAAUGGUGGAAUCCGUUGCAAUCACUAUCUCUAAGAAAGAGGUGUUUAAUAGCUUCAAAGCUGCUUUAUGUGUUUAUCUGGGCUCUUUCUCGAGUUCUGUCCGCAAUUUAGAUAAAUUGUGAUAAAGCACUUGUAAAAUAUAGAUCUUUGCAAUCUUAGUAACAUCAGGUAUGAAUUUGCUUAGCCUCUUGCGACUUUUUUUUUUCAAGAAGUACUCCUGAAAGCUAGAAUAAUGUUGAAAUUAUUAUUUUAAAUUAAAAUUAUUAUGUUCCCUGCCAUACCACAACAGCAGAUGUUAUUUUACAAAUCCUAAGUGGUAACUGGUUACGAGGACCAAUGUCUGAUCAACCAACUUUUUGGGAAAGCUUCAAGGAGCACCGUAUCUCAAAGAGUUAUUAAAAACUAGUAGCACUGUGAUGUCUGCUACUUUCGGCUGAUUUUUGAAAUUGAUAAACAAAGCAAUAGAUAAAGAAGACAAAGAGAGGAUAGAGCGAUCCUAUCGGUUGAAACAGAGGAUUCUUACUAGGGGAGAAAAUGAUGGACUAAUUGUAGGGUCUCUCAAGGGUUGCCAUUAGUUAGUGUAUUACUUACUCCUUUUGUCCAUUGCAUCAAUCCACUGCCACCAAUAGGAUCGCUCCAUUUUCCUUUUGACCUCCUUGUCUUUUGCACUAUUUGUCAAUUUUAAUAAUCAGCCUGGAUGACACUGGUGUGGCUGAACACAGGGCUUAUUUGCUAACAGUAAUUAUUUUACUUGCCAUCAGAGGAUAUCUUGAUUUAUUGGAAAAUAAGCGCUAAAAAAUCGUGGCAGGGAAUGAAUUAUAGGAGUGACCAAUGAGCUGUUGGCCUUGAGAAUUUUAUGACUAUGCAGUCAUUAUAGAAGUUUUCAUAUCCUUCAAAUGAAAUGUCUGCGAUCAAUAUAAUUUGGCUAUAAUUCUAAGUAAUUUCAAAUUUUUGGAGAAAUGGGCAUCUUAAAAAGGGUGUGCACUGUAAAAAUCACCGCUCUUGUUCCCCCAAUAUGUACAAAUUAUUCAACAUGUAUCUACUUAUACUGUAUAUGUUAUAUUUUGUUAUUACAUUUUAGUUUCUAUUACUGUUUUUAUUCAAAUAAAUCACUAAGAUUCAUUAUGAAAAGAAAAGAAGAUGAAUAGCAUGUUCUAUCGUUAAUGUUACCUCACAAGAGGAUGUGGUAUCUCUGUGAAACUGGAGAUCAGCUUCUUGUCAUAAUUUCUACUUUUCAUGCAUUUAUUUGUGUUCCAUCAAGGUUAUUUCUGUUUCCCCCCCUAAUUCGAGUUGUGGACUUUAUGUCAUCAUUGCCAAGACAUCUUUUAUGAAACUUUCACAGAAGUUGUUAAGAAAUGACGAGAAAUCUUGAUUAAGCGAUUUUACUAAUAAUUAUCGUUAUUUCAGUUUCAAAGCAAUUCCUCUCUAGGUCUGAGAUUACUUGAAUUAUUUAAGGCGAGAAAAGAAUCACAAAAUGAAACUCAAAAGUUGGUUCAAUCCCCUUCAAGUGAAGGAAGAUUUUUUUUCUUGAAAGGAGGAGGGGAGUGCCUGAUAGUGCUCCCUACAAUGUGGAAGUUCAUUCACAGUUUUUUCUUAUCAUACAUAUUUUUGAAGUCUUUAGCUAAUGCAGGAGAUAAGUAACUUUUUGUAUUUUUAAGGAAAAUAAGUUUAAACUCUGAAAAUAACAUGUAGUCCCAUGCUUCACCAACUUUCAAAUUGAUAAGAACUGAAAAUUGAUGGUUUUUGGAUAAUUUUUUUGUAAAGCUUACUUAGAAGCAAACCUCGCCUAUCGGAGAGAGGCCUUGUAAUGGGAUAUUAUUAUUGCAGAAGCAAGUCUUGUUCAGAAUCACCUAUUUUUUAGUUUCUACAAACAUUUGUUCUCCUUUCAUACCGACCAGAGGCUUCAAUUAUAAAAAAAGACGGUGAAAGAUCUUUUAGCGAUAGCCAACAUCAAAAUGAUUUGUUUUUGCCGCUUUUCCUCUCCUUGAGAGAAAGAAGAUUGAAAAGGCAAUUGAAAAAUGUCCUUUCUCCUCGCAAGAAGGAACUAUUUUGGACUCUCAAAAUCUUACCUCCCAGGUUCACAGUAAACUAAUGUCCUUGCAAGUUCUUGCCAAUUGUCUUGUUAAUGAAGUACAUAUUCCCUUUAAAAAGCAGGGAAGAUCUUGCCCGAGCGUUGUGUAUAGACUUCCAAUUAUUGAAAGUCUUCCUGCUCCUUCACCUACCCAACACUUUGCAGUGUUAAUCUCUCAGUUUGUUUUAUUCAAUUAUAGUACAGAGGAAUUGUUUUCUGGAAAUUUUUUCUGCCUUGUUUUCAUUCAUAGUUAAUUUUUAGCAAAGUUUAGAUUCUAAUGAAAGUUAUACAGAGAGGCCAACUCCACCUUCUCAAUCCCUUCUUUGCCCUUAGUGAUUAUUACAAAACAGUAUCAAAUGAUUAUUCUCGCCCUGUAUUUUAAGCAGGUAAUAGGUGACAAACAAGAGAGUUUCCGAAAAAUUUUUUCUUUUCAUCUUUUCCUCUCUUUUCCAUCCAUCUAAUUAAACAUCUAAGUGCUUUUGUUGUUUUUUUCUGCAUUUUUACCUUUGUUCUAGGGAAUUUUUGUAUUCUUAUUCUUGGCAAGCAUCUUACGGAAAAAGUAAAUUACUAAAUUCAAAAUUGGAAAAAUUGUUUAAAAAAUAGCUGUUUAAAGUUUUAGAAUAUUACUAAUAUUACUAUUUCCUGGAUAUUUAGCUUGUAAUUUUCUUAAAUUCUUUUCAUUCUUUAAUUUUUGUCAACCCUCUGGACCAUACCCACAAGACUGAUCAUUUUGUAAAUCCGUUGACUUAAUCACCUUUAUUUGUCUGUCUACCAAACUGUAAGCUGGACGUUUUUUGUCAACUUGAACAUAUUUUUUACCUCAUUAUCUCCUCUUUACUUUUGAGUUUUCUUCUCUGAAUUUGAAUUUAAUCUGUGAAGUAGAGGCAAACCUCAAUUUGUUACUAAUAGUCAGUUUGCUUAGUUAUAAUAUAUCGCCUCUGACCAAUUGAUAGCAUCAUUAUUAUUUCUCACCUUUCGCUUUUUUAGAUGUGGUUAUCAAAGCAUUAAUAGAGAUUCUUCCUCAGCUGACAGAGGAUUUAUUCUUCAAUUUUUCAGCGAAACAUCACUACAACAGUAUACUUUUCAUGCUCUUUCCAAGUAAAAUGAAACUAAAGAAAAAAAAAAAAUAAUAAUAAAAAUUAAAAAAAAUAUAAAACAAAAACUGAAAAUCGAAACUGCCCUUAACUAAAAUACCUCUCCUUACUGACUUUACCCUCUCAGUAUAUGAUUAUUUGGCUUUCAUUAAUUUUCUCUGGCCGCUCUCAUUAUUUUUACAAGGAGAAUCUUCCAACCAGUUAACUGCUGGGUUGCUUUUCUUCAUGGUUUCAUUGAUGCAAUUUAUUGAUUUGGAGUAAUCUAUUUUGGCCUGUGAGGAGACGAGCACAAAAAAUCCCUUGGAAGCAUUAUUAGCCAAUCACUCAUCAGUAAAAAUCGCUGUUAAGGAGGCAUUCCAAGACAUCGUAGGACCCUGUCUUCCUGUUUCGGUUGCUUUUCUCACAGGUUUUACAUCUACCAGCCAUUCAAGCUGUAGUGUGGCUGAAUGAUUCGCUGUUACUUCUGUAGCUAAGCUGUACGUGGUCUGGUAGUUUUACUGUCAAAAUGUCAUUUGGAUGCUGUUUUUUUAUCGAUAUUGGGUUUGUUCUGUAUUCUGUAUUCUUGCCAACGGCAGUUUCAAAUCUUCUAAAAACUUUCUAUUUUCUCUUCUUUUUUGCUCUUUGGCUCAUAAAUACAAAUGCAUUCCUUAUGGACGGAUGUGUACUUAUCGCAAUUUCGUUUAGGAGCCAUUUGGUAUUGUUGUCGGAGAGCAGGCACAGUUCCUUCAAUAGAGUUUAAUUCAUCCCAUGUUUGUCUGGUUAUUAUAUUUUUCUUUUUGCUCAAUUGAAUCCAGACUGAGAAAAAUUUUAAAUGCAAUUGUGAAACAGAAUACUCAAUGAAUUAGUGUAGGGAUACAAAGAAACAAAUUUUCAAUUAAAUUAGCUAGUAAAUUGAGAAAAUUGCAUCGUGCCUGUUUGUAAAGAGGAAAAAACACCCCUGUUAAUUUUAGGAGUACUUUAGAGUUAAUGCAUAUUUUUUAGUAAAAUAUUCCGCAUUUGUUGGGAAAAUCCACAAUGAUGAGGAACCGUUUUUAAAUGAGCCUUAAUUGGACCGAGUGAUGCAGAAAGGAACCAACCCGCAUUUUGGGAAAAAUUGAGUUAAAGAGUGGUUUUGAACUCAACCACUGCUCUACUAUCUAUCGCCAAAAAUUUAAAGUUUAUGUUGGAGCAAAUUUUGCAGAAAUUGAACUUGAAGUUUAUCUUUUACAUUGAGUCUUAUGCAGAAGCCAAACUUUAAACCUCUUUUUCUCGGUUUGAUGCUGAUGGGGCUUGGUUCCUUUCUGUCUAACUCCGUAAAAUUAAGAAACUGACUCUCAUUCUGAACUUAUCUGGAGUUAAGCUUGUGAUUUGAGAGAUCUUCAUGUAAGAGAGUGCUUAUUCACAUCAAAAUAAUUGUGUUAGUGCAAAUGGAUUUUCGAAUUGGAAAAAUCGAAUUGAGUGAAUUCCAUAUCUUGAUGACUGGUAUAAAAACAAUGUUUUAGGUAGGUAUGUAAAAACUUCACUCACAAGUCUGUAUGUUUGUAAACACAGAAGUCACUUUUUUAAACUUGCAGUGACCUCAAAACCUUUUCAAAUAAAAUUCUACUUUAGUGCAGAGCUGCAAAAAUCAACUGAUACAAAAUGACUCAAAAAAGAAUGUUAUCUUUCGUCAAAAUGAUCCUCCCUUUCAAGAGGCUUUAGCCGAAUAGUUAGCGGAGAACUCAUAUUGUGUGAAGACUGUCCGUAAGAGGGAAAAAAACAACAAACAAACAGCUCCUUAUUAAAAAGACAAGAAUUUACUUUUAUUUGUUAUAGAAUCACAUUUGAUGUGCUCUUAAUACUCAUCCUAGUUAAAGCUAGAACCUUUUCAGUUAUGAUAAGAUUAGAAAACAAGAAAUGCAAUCGCUCUAAUAAAAAUAAGUGUAACCAAAACCAAAAACACUCCAAUCUGUGAUCCCAAGAUAAGAAUUUUUAAUUUUUUCAUAUUUCUUUUGUUUUUUCCCCCGUGCAAUUGGAGAAACUUGUAGAUAAUAACUCCACUUCUUUUUGGUUACAUAACUAUCUACCCAACAGAAAAUCAAUCUUUGGAAAAAUAAAAUGUCAGAUCAGCUUCAAAAUCUCCAUGCGAGAAUGAGAAUCCUCAAGUGUCAGCAUUUUAUUUCCAUUAUUGUUAAAGAAAUAUCACUCUCCUCGAAAAGUUCUAUAAUCGCUGUGGAUGUUUAAAACUGAAUGACGUUACUCUAAAAUAGAAUUCCUUUACACUUUAAUCUUUCAGUUUUGCAUGUAAAAGUAAGCUUACGCAUGAAAUGUAAAUGCUUUGUUAUAAUUUGUGCGCUUUCCCAGACAUGAGUUCCAAAUGUUUGUUGGAUAUUACUAAUUGUCCAGUAGACAAGGUGCGAACUUAAGCAUGAUGAUAAGUGUUAUCUCCUAAAAUUUAGCGUAAAACACAAUUUGUACAACAAAAGUAACUCAUAAUCAAGAUAUUAACUUUUUUCAAUGCAUUAAUUCUAACAUAGAAAAAACAAUGAUCUACCUGAGUUAAAUCUCACACUGAAUAUUACCGUGACAGCCUCUGUUGUAUGAAAAUAUAACAACCUCUAUCUUGGCGCUUCAGCUCAACUGUUGCACAUUGUGCACACUUCAAACAACAUAGAGCAAGGAAGGAUCCCUACUCAAUUGAGAAGCCUACCAAAACUGUUGUAGUGCGCGAUUUUAUUCAAGUUGACUUUGGUUUGGAAUUAAAUUCCGCCAUUUCCAUUGCGCGAAUCGUGUUUUACGUGAAAUUAUGGAGAGGAAACAUAAAUCAGAUUGCUUUAAUUCGUGUCUUGUCUAAUGGAACAUUGGCACAGGAGAUAGUAUGCUGAAUUUUUAGACAUUUUUGUCGUGCUUUUUCUGUUGUUCUUUAGUUGUAACAAUUUUGCCUUAUGAUUCUUCUUCAAGUGACACGCGCGUGAACUGAGUAUAUUCAUGCACAACAAUGUCAAGCCUUGAGUUUAAGACUAAUGUAGUUUUCGAUGUUUGAAACACUGCUCAAAUAUGGAAACUGAUUCUUGUCCACCUGAUACUGUUUAGUAUUAUCUCACCAAUUUGUUACUGACUAUUGUUAUUCUGUCUAGAUAUUAGCCAUGAAAUUUUUCUCAUUUUGCAUUUUCAAAUUAUCAUUCUUUCUAUUGAGUGAAUAAACUGUAAGAACGUGUA